UAUAUAAACCAAACAAAAUACUAGAGAUUCUGCUGUUUCCACCACGUAAAAACCUCACAAUAUUUCACAACUCAAGGCGCCAGAGGGAAUUGAGAAAAGAGCAAUGGACAAUUUGAAUAUGAAUCAUGACCACAUGUAUGGCAUGGACAACGAAUCAGUUGGCGGGAUGAUGCACAUGACAUUCUUUUGGGGCAAGAACGCUGAGGUUCUCUUCUCAGGAUGGCCAGGAACCAGAACCAGCAUGUAUCUCUUAGCCCUGAUAGUUGUCUUUGUGUUCGGUUUCAUGGCGGAGUGGAUCUCUCACUCCCAAUUGAUCAAGCCUGGGUCAACCCGCCAUGUGGCUGCAGGUCUUGUUCAGACUUUGAUGCAUGCUUUGAGGGUUGGUCUUGCAUACUUGGUGAUGUUGGCUAUCAUGUCUUUCAAUGGAGGUGUCUUCUUGGCUGCUGUGGCUGGGCAUACUCUGGGGUUCUUGUGAUUUGGCAGUAGAGUUUUCAAGAAAUCCUCUGCCCCUCCCCCUGCCUCUGCCCCUGGAAAAACAUCCGAUGUUCCUGCUGUGAGUUGUUGAAUACAAGAAUUGAUUUCAGUUCUUGAUGGUGCAUGGAUUUGUUCCUAACCCUUCGUUUCCUUUAUGAAUUAGUGUAAUUUCUGAAAGUAAUGUACAACUUAUGCUUGAGUUUUUGUUUGAGUUGUAUUUUCUUAGCUUUAAUCUAUGCUUUGCUCUAUAUUUGUUUUUUCAAUUUACAAAAAAGAAUUCCAUAAAUUGCUGAAAAAAUAGGGAUUCUUUUACUUAUUAAUAUCCUUUGGCCUAAUUGGGUCAAAUU